UAGAUUUUGAAUCUGCUCGAGCGCUCUUUGGUUUCCAAGUCCCCUUUGACCGAUGUAUUUUUGUCAAAUCAAAGUUACCCAUCCGAGUUAAGCCUUCAUAAUUUCCUACCUCAAAACAUAGUAGAAAAAGCAACUAGUGGAAGUAUGGUAGUGAAUAUGGCUACAAAAAACAAGCCAACAGAGGUUGCUGGGAAGAGUGGGGAGCCUGAGGCUCUGUCAGGAGGGACUGCUGUUGAAAAGGCUGCUGAGGUCCCCAAGGAAUCGGCUCCUAAAGUAGCUGUUCCCACAGCGACUGUGGACAAGGCUGACCAAAGGGGCUCAAAACGACCUGCCGAGUCCAGGGAACCAGUACAAAAGAGGGCGCGCACGUCUACUGCUUUGGAUAUAGCGGCACCCUUUGUUAUUCAGUCGAAGGUUAAGGAUGCCCAUGUACCAUUGGGUGCCUCGGCUCUUAAGGAGCCUGGCGUCACCUUGAGCCUGGCUGAGGCCAUCAUCCUUCCAGCAGACAGGGACAUACGACGCGCCGAAGAUGAUGCUUUGGCCAUAGCCCGUGUAGUUCAGUCGGCAAUUAAAACUGCUAAGAGAAUCGCCGAUAUUGGACGUCAUCUUCGUAAUGUUGACAGCAGCCGCUGACCAUGCGAUUGCAACUGGAAAGGCAGCCGCCGAACAUGCAAAAGCCAAGGAAGCUGAUCUGUUUCGUCAAGUUGCUGAGAAAAGAGCAAAUACCUUUGAGACGGCUUACAAGGCAGCAGAGGAGGAGCUGAAAAGAGUCAAGGCUAAACUAGUGCAUGCGUGGCAAUCAACAUUGGAGGCGUUCAAACAAGGGGAAGAGUCGGCCACAAAUACUUAUGCUAAUGAAGCGCUGAAAUUUGAAAAUAGGGGAUUCAAGCACGCGUGGACUAAGGCCCUUGCAACAGCCAAGGUCAGCUUGGAUGUGCCAAUCCCCUUGGAGAACGAAGAAGUUGAAGCGCUAGACUCUGACCCUGAAUAGACUUGACUCUAAUUAGCUUUGUCUUUUGUUUUAAGAUUCUAUUGUUUGUUUGUUGUUUUCUUUUUGUUUGUAUUUUUUAUAUGUUUUGACUAGCUAGGGCCAUUUUCAUGUAUAAAAUGACUUG